AUGAAUGUACAUUUUCUGCGCUAUGAAUGUCCUCGAGAAGGCUGCAUGGAAGUGUAUCGCGUGAAGCAGCACCUAACUUGGCAUAUCAAUCGCCACGAUCGGGAAUGCUGCGGCACGGAAUUCCCUACACAAAAGAAAUACGAAAGCCACGUGGAAAAGAAUCACUCCAACAAGUACCAUUGCGGCUGCUGUGAUGACACCUUCGACAAGUUCGCUGAUAUGCAACAGCACAUGGCUGCCCGGCACACCAAAGGGCCGGAGGAUUCACUGGUCCAGCCUGUAAAACCUGUAUUGCCUGCCGACUCUAGCAGGUCACAUCCGGGAGGAGAGCAAGUUAUUUAUUUUACCGAGCCAUCUCGAUCAAAGUCUCUCCCGCCGCCCAAACUGCUCAAAAUCGGGGACACAAUCAACCGCAUUACCGGCCUUGGUUACGAAGACCGGCCUAUUGCGUGUCCAGAAGAUGGGUGCGAUAGACGCUUCACUCGCCAGUACGAUCUGGACCGGCAUGUAGCCGCCUCGCAUAACCCGGACGCGGCUGCGGCCGAUCCCUAA